CUUGCAAGUAGUGAUGGUUCUCCUCACCACGAAAAGUAUGCAAAGGACGGCAGUUUUUGUCACCUUCGGGGGACUGGUGACCUCCUUCAUCACCACCUUCCUUCCGCUGUGGAAGACAAUGAAUUCGGACUUGAACGAAGUAGAAAACUGGUAUUCGGGACUGUGGCACAUGUGCCUCUACACGGAGGAGGUCGGAGUGCAGUGUAAGGCCUACGACUCCUUGCUGGGACUUCCUGUGGACCUCCAGAUCUCCAGGGUGCUCAUGUUGGUGUCAGUAUGCACCGGCGGUUUGGCUUUGCUGGUUGCCCUGCCAGGACUGGACGGGGUGCGUGUGUGUUUGGACAAGUAUGCAAAAAGGAGAAGCUUCCUGAUCGUGGGUGGGGUGCUGUCCUGGGUGGCGGGGAUCACCACGCUGGCUCCGGUGUCCUUCGUGGCAUACACCACAGUUGUGGAGUUUUGGGAUAAAGGUUUUCCUGAUGUGAUGCCACGCUGGGAGUACGGAGAGGCCAUGUUCUCCGGAUGGUUUGGAGGUUUGGCGUUGCUCACUGGAGGGACUUUGUUCUUCAUAGCUGUGUGCAUGGCCGACUAUGAGCUGCGGACAACAAGUGUGACUAACAGUCCACAUGUAACACGCAGGACACGACACUACCGCAAGACUGAGGUUUUGUAAAAUUGUGUAUAUAUUUUGGAGUUGGCUAAUGCUAGCUGGCUAUGUGACAAUCAUUUUUUUUAGAUCUGUGAUUCUAUUUUGACAAAAGUGAAGUCCCGUGUUUUUUGUUGUUGAAAGUCAGAUAAUCAUUACAAAGCAAAGGAUUAAAAAAAAGUAACAACAGAAUGACUGAUUUAUCAAAAUAAUUAUGUUUUCAUUUU